GUGGUAUUCCUCUUCUGUGUCCCAGAAAGAAACUGUGUGUAAGCCAUAGCAGGAUUUCUUUGUACUACUGAGGCAGACCUGCCUGUUGUACUAAGUGUCAUUGAGAACAAUUGCUUCCAGCUUGUGACCCAACAGUUCUGGACAGAGAACAUGUCUCUGAGUAUAGAACCAUCACUACAGCCACCCAGAGGGGUUUUCCCCUAAUUCACUUCUAUGACAAUUAUUAAUAUUCCUAAUGUCAGUGACACAUUCAAGAGAUGGAAGUGUCUUUCUACAAUGUUUAGUUACAUGAAAGCAAUAUUCAAGAGCUGCUGAUUCAUUUUGUUCAAGUUGUUGAACGCACAUUGAGCAUAAUAACCAAGGCAACAUAUUUGCUUUUUCCUGGUAAAGUGAAAAAAGGCCCCGCAUCAUUAUUCUAUAUCUGUCAAUUAUAAAACUGAAAAAUUGUAAGUCUUCAGAUCAAAAGAUUAACAGGAAAUAACAAAUUUGUAUGUUAUAACAAAUGUGUAUGUAGAUGCCCUUUAUUUGUUUAAAGCUGCUAAAAGGAGAUCAGAGUACAUAGAUCUGAUUGGGGUGCAGUGUAGGGGAGACGAGGAUAGUUGAUGCAUAUAUCUUCAUGUAAGCUACAUUGGUUUCAAGCUAACAUACACCUGUAUAUUUGUAUUUUAUUUUAAGAAAACAAAUUCUAUGUUGUAUGUUGUGUUUGCACUGUCUGUUUUCAUAAGGCCAACUGGCUAAUCAAUAAAAUUGUUUGGUAUUUGGUGUAUGUGGGUGUUUCCAGGUUCUGGACAAAGAUUUUGUUUCAUUCAACUCAAAUUAUAGCACAAGGCUCAUAUGUGAUUAUUCAGAAGCUUUCUGGUACAAAUCAGCUGGAAGGAAGAGUGGUUAACCCGCUAUCCAAAACUUUUAAAUUAAGGUUAUUGUACACUGUGUUCAGUGAGAAAUAAGGAGUCCUAAUGGCUGCAGCAACAUUCAGCCACAGGGUGGCAAUAUAGGCCAAUAGAUAACUGAAAACAGAAUUUUCAUGUGCAAAGCAAUUCACAGAGAACUGUGGGCAGAAUUAUUCCAGAAGGGGGAUCGCUAACCUUUGUAUGAAAAAAGAUCAUGUUCAGUGGAUUACUCCAAUUAGCAGAAGAAAAUUAAUUUCUUCAUCAGACAAAGUCCUUACAUUUGCAUCAGAAAUUGAAACAAAAAGGAUUGAGAGCAAGAGAUUUGAACCAUGGAAGACUACUUCAAGAAUCAACAAGUUUGAAAUUCCCGAGAACGUUCCCACAAAGACAAGAUUCCCCUUGGAAUCUGCCCGGGAUGAGGACCUGGGAGAAAACAGCAUCCAAAACUACACCCUCAGUCCCAAUGAAUAUUUUCACCUAGGUCUGGAAAGCAAUACUGAUGGAAGCAAAUAUGUAGAUCUCAUCCUAGAGAAAGCACUGGACAGAGAGAAAGAGCCACAUUUGGAGCUGACACUUACAGCUGUUGAUGGAGGAGUACCCCAGAGAAUGGGCACAAUUCAAAUUAAUGUUAAUGUUCUGGAUAAUAAUGAUAACUUUCCUGAAUUUACUCAGUCUGAGUACAAAGCAAUAUUGAAGGAAAACUGUCCAAGGAAUACUUUGGUAUUGAGAGUAGAAGCCAGAGAUUUGGAUUUUGGAUCAAAUGCUCAAAUCACCUACUCAUUCUAUCGAAUACCUGAAAAAAUUCAUAAUUUGUUCAAUUUGAAUGAAAUGACUGGAGAAAUCACUGUUUUGGGAGAAAUUGAUUAUGAAAAAGAAACCAAUUAUGAAAUGACUAUUAAAGCAACAGAUGGAGGUGGUCUUUCAGGGCACUGCAAGGUCCUGGUGGAAGUUGAGGAUAUGAAUGACAAUGCCCCAGAAGUUUCAGUCAUAUCAAUCAACAGCCCUUUGCCAGAGGAUUCUCCACUUGAGACACUCGUUGUCCUUUUUAGUGUCAAAGACCAAGACUCUGGAGACAAUGGCCAAACUCUUUGUUCUCUGGAUAUGAAUUUGCCCUUUGUAUUAAAAGUUACUACAAAUAACUUUUACCAGCUUCUAAUUCAAAGUGCCCUGGACAGAGAGAAGGUUGCAGAAUACAAUGUCACCAUCACAGCAAUUGAUCGUGGAUCUCCUAGGCUCACCUCAACAAGAAUUAUUCAUGUGCAGAUCUCAGAUGUCAAUGACAAUGCUCCAGUAUUUGAAAAGUCUUUGUUUGAAAUGUGGAUACAAGAAAAUAACAUUCCAGGACUACUUAUUGGGUCAGUUCAGGCUGUUGAUUUGGAUACAGAACAGAAUGGCAAACUGUCCUACUCUCUUUUACCUGGGAAUAUUGGUGGUGGUCCCGUAGCCUCUUACAUCUCCAUCAACUCUGAAACAGGAAACAUGUAUGCCCUUCGAUCUCUAGACUAUGAGAAAAUUAAAGAUUUCAAAGUUACAGUGAAGACAACGGACAGUGGUAAUCCGCCCAUGAGCUCAGAUGUAAUUGUUCAUGUCAUUGUUACAGAUGAAAACGACAAUGCUCCCUUCUUUCUGUAUCCCCUUCAGAACAGUACAUCCCCCUGCAAUGAGUUGCUUCCCAAGAUGGCAGAGGCUGGUUACCUGAUCACCAAAGUGGUGGCUGUGGAUGGAGAUUCUGGUCAGAACUCUUGGCUUUCCUUUGAACUCCUGAAGGCCACAGACCCAGGUCUUUUCAGCAUAGGAGCCCAGAAUGGAGAACUGAAAACCAGAAGACCACUCACUGAGAAAGAUACCAACAAACAGAGGCUUGUUAUUGCAGUCAGAGACAAUGGUGUUCCUCCUCAAACAAGCACUGCAAUGCUCAAUAUUCUUCUGGUUGAUGGCUUUUCUGAUCCUUACUUGAAGGUGGUGGAUGUCCGUCAGCAGGACCCUGAAGAUGAGGGAACCUUGACAAUGUAUUUGGUGAUCUGCCUGGCAUCUGUCUCUUUUGUAUUUCUCCUUUGUAUUGUUUCCUUUGUUGGGAUCAAGUUGUGCAAGAAAGACCACGGAAGCAGUUUUAUUGUUGCUCCUCCUCACUUCCCGCCCGCUAUUCCAGAGAAUGGUACCGAUUCUCAGAGUGGAUCACUUUCCAGGAAUUAUCAAUAUGAUGUGUGUUUAACCAAUGGAUCCCUGACCAGUGAAUUCAGAUUUCUUCGACCUCUCAUUCCUGUUUUUUCUGUGGCGGAUCCAAACAUAGCUGUGAACAACAAUAGCUCUUCUGCUUCCCAAAACCUUCCAGAGUGUUUGGAUGACAAUAAAGCCAGUGAGCAGGUGAGAAAUUAGUAUAAUAGGGCUUGUAUUUUCCUUGGUCAUCAGUCAUAAUUGACAUUUCUUUCAU